ACCGCCUUUUGGAGGAUCUUGGGGAAUGUGAACCUGCCAGCCCAACUGUGGGAAAGAGCUGGUGGCUGGAGCUCGGAAGGGUGGGUGAGCCACCAUCUCUGAAGACAUUCCAUGACAACCCACCCAUGCGCAAUACAUUGUUUUGGGGUUUGAUUUUAUCAAUUUAUUUCGUUUGAUUUUAACGGUCAUUCUUUUAGGGAGGGGAUUGACCAUAGGCAGAUUUACAUCAGCCUAACGUGCAGUGUAUCGUGAAACUAAUGCUGCUGUUUUCAUUUUCGCUAGCUCUGGCUAACAGGAUACUUGCUAACAACAAACGCCUUGAGUAAAAUGUCAGCAUUGUUUCUUCUCGCCUGCUGAGUUGUGUAAUGUCUUAAAAUGUCAGCGUGAUGACAUGGAAAUCUUAGAUGCCUUACUUCAAAUAUUUUUGUAUAAUACAUUUAUUAACGUAAUAUUUAACUGAGCAACCUGCUCGACGCGAAGGCCGCAUAUGGAAGCAGGCAGCUUGCGUGAGAAUCCCACCGGUUCCGGAGUGACCGAGCCGGCAGAAUGGAGAGAGGAGACUCCGGGUGGGGAGGCUGAGGAGAGGGACGGAGACCUGAAAGAGAGAGGUGGAGAUGGGGGUAACGAGAAAAAUGGCGAGGAAGUGGAAGGUAACUGUGCGGGCAGUGGUGCUCCUGAAAAAGAAAAGUCUAUGGACAAGGAAGCAGAGGCGUACGAGGAAGAAUUGGAUCCAAGAAUUCAGGAAGAGCUGGAGCAUCUGAACCAGGCCAGCGAUGAGAUAAAUCGACUGGAGCUGCAGCUGGACGAAGCCAGGUCCAGCUACAGACGGAUCCUGACCGAUUCAGCUCGGAAGCUCAAUGCUCAAGCCUCACAGCUGGGGACCUGUAUCGAGAAGGCCAGGCCAUACUAUGAGGCCCGCAGGCUUGCUAAGGAGGCACAACAGGAGACCCAGAAGGCGGCUCUGCGUUAUGAGCGGGCUGUCUCCAUGCACACUGCGGCACGAGAGAUGGUGUAUGUGGCAGAGCAGGGUCUCUUAGCCGACAAAAACACUCUGGAUCCCACCUGGCAAGAAAUGCUCAAUCAUGCUACUAUGAAGGUGAACGAGGCGGAGGAAGAGCGUCUGCGGAGCGAGCGCGAGCACCAGCGCGUGACCCAGCUGUGCCAGGAGGCCGAGGCGCGCGUGCAGACGCUCCAGAAGGCCCUGAAGAGGGGCAUCGUCAAAUCCAAACCCUACUUUGAGCUCAAAGCCCAGUUCAACCACAUCCUAGAGGAGCACAAGUCCAAGGUGGUGCUGCUGGAAGAGCGUGUUGCCAAGGUGAAGACCCGCUACUCCGUCGCCCUGCGCAACCUGGAGCAGAUCAGUGAGCAGAUCCACGCCCAGAGGGACCGCGUCCGCACGGCCAGUCAGAGAACCAGUACCUGCCAGGGCCGCAGCUCUCCGGUGGGGGCAGAGGCGGAGAAGGAGGAGGAGGUGGUGCAGGCCGGGGCGUACGGCGGCGUCGGUUCGGAAAUGGCCAACAGCGAGUGGGCGGAUUCGGAGAAGACUCGCCAGUGGGUGGAGCGUCACCGGGAGAGUGGCUGGGGCCAGCAAGAGAAGGCGGGCUCUGACUCGAUGUCCGUCAUCAGCUUGCAGACGAUCGCGUCGGACCUGGAGAAGUGCGACAGCGUGGAGCACCUGGGAGAGAUGAGCGACGUGGGGAGCCUGCUUGGGGAGGACCUGGACAGGGAGCGAGCGAUGGAGAGAGACAGGGAGCGAGCGAUGGAGAGAGAGAGGGAGCGAGCGAUGGAGAGACAGAGGGAGAGGGAGAGGCAGAAAGAGAGGGGGGCGGAGGAGGAGAGGCCCGUGGUGAAGGAGGGGGGACCGGGGGUGGAGAGAGGGCCGGUCGGAGCAAUGAGGCAGGAGAUUUUCGUGAAGCAACACCACAGGAGCGUGAGCCUGUAAGAACACACACACACACACACACACACACACACACCGGACACACAGAAUCUUGCACGCUCAAAUUCAUACCACAGGAUCAUCAGGCCGUAAGGAUACUCACAUCUCACACAUGCAGACAUGUUAAUACUACAUUCACAAGCUUCCAACACCUUUCCACUCGCUCUACACACACAACCUUUAAAGGACAGUUGCAAGUAUCUGCUGCUUUCAGCUGGAGGAAGUGAUGUCAUCCUCUGCUCUCUACUCACCGCUGCUCACUCGCAUGCAGAUGCACACACUCUCUCUCUCUCUCUCUCCACAUAAACCUUCAGUUUUGAUUGUCAGGAACAAAUCUGUGUGUGUGUGUCAACCUUCAUC